CAUAUGUGUAUACUAUUAAGUACUUGGCAAUAAAAAUUUCCUACUAGGGCUGGGAUUGGUCAGCCACCCUUGUGAGCAAUGCCCCACGAGAGAGACUGAACUCGCCAUCCUUAUUUUCCGUAGCGAAAAUGCCGCCUGCUAAUGCGUUCCAUGGCAACCAACAGCAUCAUGGCGGUGGAAGUAGCGCUGUGGCAUCCUCGUCCGAGUACUCUCAGCACAGCCAUCUCCACGAGAGUAGCCAGCCACCCGAAGAGUAUGAGAUCGACCACCAACUUUUGGCACGCUACGAGCGUCUGAACCACGAACUCGAACAAAUGUCGCGGCUACAGCGAAGUCGUCAUCGCAACCACAGUUGGGACCGUGUCGACAGUACCCGUGCUGGGUCUCGCACUAUGAGCGGAAUCUUUAGUUCCCGCGGCGGCAACACAAGCACCCGGGUCACCAGUGCCCGGGGUUCAUCCCGCGGAAUGAGCUUUCGCAUGCUCACGUCGACGACGCCAAGCGAGCGCAGUGGGCCACACACCAUGCGUGGCGGUGGUGGACUCUUCUCCAGUUCCCGCGGCGGCGGUAUGUAUCCUCCGUCACGUUGCCAUCGUAGUGCUGAUCGUACAGUUGUAGGGCUACUCGCGAGCACCCGCGCCGCCAAGGUGGAGAUUCCCACGCCAUACGAAGAGGAAUGGGUCGCGCUGUCAAAAGAAUUGGAAAAAGCGCGAAAAAUGUGCAUCGAAAAACGGGCGGUGCAGUCGGAUUUAUUGGAAAAAAUUGAAAAGUACGAAACUUCGGCGAUUCGGCGGUUUUUUGCCGUCAACAAGGAAAAACGAGUCGAGAAGCUCAAGGGCAAGCUAAGCAAGCAGCUUCAGGAAGCCGAGGCCGCGGAAGAGUCGCUGCUCAAGCUCGAGCGCCGCAGCAUGAGCAUGUCCGAGGUGGUCCACCACUUCCCGCCGCCGUCCAUGUCAUAUACGUCCAUGCGCGGCGCGUCCUCCAAGAGCCUCCACGAUCCAUCGAGACAUGUGCUUGCCGAUCCCCUCGACGUGGAACUCCAUGAACGACAAGAACUGCUCGAACAAGAGAAGCGGGACAUCCUAAACAACGUGUUCAAUGCGUUCGUAGUUCCGGAUGUGAACCGGUUGAAAGCGCACAUUGCAGUUGCCAAGUCCGAGCUCAAAGCUGGCGAGUCCGUCAAGAAGCAAGUGGACGAGGUGUACGCCAUGUACCGCGCGGCAUUUUCGCUCCUUCGCGCGGCGCUCGCGUCCAUCGUCGGCAACGCGUACCAGCACAGCAUGAAGGAGUUCAUCCAAGGGCCGUACCCACAGGCCAUCGAAGCUGGUCGGCUCGUGGAAGGCGCGGGACUGCUCAUCCAGCCAGAAGCCAAGCGGAAGUACCCCGACUUUGCGCCGACGAUCACCGGCAUCCAACUACCCAAGUUCCCGACGUCCAUGAAGGACCUGGCGCGGCCUGGCGCGCUCUUGACCAUGGAACCCGGGGUCAUGGAGAGCGCAGACAUGGACCGACGACUCAAGCGCGCCGAGAGUGUGAUCGUCAAGAUGCAGCAACUCGUGAACCGCAACCUCGAGUGCCUUGAGCAGUGGCGCGGCCUCCUCGAGAAGGACCGCCAUCAAGCAGAAGCCACGGGCAGAUCCCUUGAAGCCCAGCUGGACAAGAAAAUGAACACGUUUGUCCACAGCAUGGCCGCGUAGCUCCGUCGCUCGCUCGCUCGUUCGUCCUAUUAAUAAUGUCACCUGUGCCUCCUGUACAUAUAUGUCGACUCGGCGGCUUCCACUGCUAAUAUCACGUCGUUAAUAUGUAGAAUAGGAUUGGUAUUUCAC